AGGUGUGUGGUGAAUGUGCAGCAGGGAAGCAACAUAGAGAUACUUACAAACAUCAAGUGCCUGCAAGGUCUACUGGAGUACUGAAUGUGGUGUUCUCAGAUGUGUGUGGCCCGUUUGAGCAGUCUACUUUGGGAGGUAACAAAUAUUUUGUUACAUUUGUGGAUUACUUUAGCAGGAUGAUGUGGAUUUACAUGCUAAAGUAUAAGAGUGAUGUGUUCAAAGUGUUUGUGAAGUUCAAAAGACUUGUUGAGAAUCAGAGUGGAAACUCAAUCAAGAUACUUAGAACUGAUGGAGGAGGGGAAUAUACUUCAAAAGAAUUCACCAAAUUCUGUGAAGAUAAUGGCAUUGUGCAUGAAGUUACUUCACCUUACACUCCUCAGCACAAUGGAGUAGCUGAGAGGAGGAAUAGAACUAUACUUAACAUGGUCAGGUGUAUGUUAAAAGAGAAGGAGUUGCCUAAACAUCUAUGGGGAGAAGCUGCAAAUACUGCAGCAUACUUGCUGAACAAGUGCCCUACUAAGAAGUUGGAGGGAAAGGUGCCUGAAACAGUUUGGACUGGUGUGAAACCUAGUGUCAGAAACCUCAGGGUAUUUGGCAGCUUGUGUUAUAAGCAUGUGCCUGAUCAGAAAAGAAGAAAGUUAGAUGAUAAAGGUGUCCCUAUGGUAUUGGUUGGGUAUCAUGUUGCAGGUUCCUAUAAGCUGUUUGAUCCAAUAACAAAAGGCUUUGCUUAUAGCAAGGAUGUUGUUUUCAAUGAGGUUGAGAGAUGGGAUUGGAACUCAAUUCAGCAUCAAAAGAGAACAUUUACCAGGAUACUUGAUGAAGAAACUGAGCCCAUUUCUGAGAAUAUUAAUCAAGUGACUACUGAGAAUUUGGCUGAAACAAGGACUCAGAGACCUCAAAGGAACAAGCAACAAUCCUCUAGGCUUGCUGGGUAUGAAGUCUAUGAGGAUACAGAAAUUAAUGAAGAAGGUGAGCUACUGCAUCUAGCUUUACAAGCAGAUUGUGAAACACUUGAUUGGAAACAAGCUUUGACUCAAAAAGAAUGGAAGGAGGCCAUGAUUGAAGAAAUCAAAGCUAUUGAGAAGAAUUCUACAUGGGAACUAAUCUCAUUGCCAACUGGUAAGAGGCCUAUUAGUGUGAAAUGGGUCUUCAAGACAAAGUAUAAACCUGAUGGCACAGUUUCCAAGUAUAAAGCUAGAUUGGUGGCAAGAGGCUUCCUACAGAAGGAAGGUCUAGAUUAUACUGAGGUCUAUGCACCUGUGGCAAGGAUUGAAACAAUAAGAAUGGUGGUGGCCUUAGCAAACAAAAGGGGCUGGAAUAUGGCACAGUUAGAUGUAAAGUCUGCAUUCCUAAAUGGAGAAUUGGAAGAAGAGGUUUAUAUAACUCAACCUCCUGGUUUUGAGAUAAAAGGUGCUGAAGAUAAAGUCCUUAAAUUGAGAAAGGCUUUAUAUGGGUUGAAACAAGCUCCUAGGGCUUGGAAUAAGAAAAUCAAGGCAUGUUUGCAUGAGCUGGGUUUUAAAAAUUGUAUCAGUGAACAUGGUGUUUAUGUUAAAAGAACUCACAGUGAUAUUAUAGUGAUUUGCCUAUAUGUUGAUGAUCUGCUGGUUACAAGUAGUUCUUUUGAACAGAUUGAGAUUUUUAAAGGACAAAUGGAGAGGGAAUUUGAAAUGACAGACUUGGGUCAGCUUGCAUACUUUCUGGGAAUGGAAUUUUGCUUUCUAGCUGAUGGAGUUUUCAUACACCAGAAGAAGUAUAUUGCAGAUGUGUUGAAAAAAUACCACAUGAUUGAGUGUAACCAUGCAAAUAGUCCAAUGGAACCAAGGUUGAAGUUAGAACUGUGUGAAGAAGAAAAGGAAGUAGACGAAAGUUUUUUCAGAAGCAUAGUUGGCUCCUUAAGAUUCAUCUAUAAUACCAGACCUGAUAUUACAUUCAGUGUUGGUCUGGUUAGCAGGUUCAUGCAGACUCCAAGACAAUCACACUACUCAGCGGCAAAGAGAAUAUUGAGGUAUCUAAAAGGUACAAGUGAAUUUGGAAUAUGGUAUCCAAAAGAAGAGUUGGAAGUGGAGAUGGAAAAUCUGAUAGGCUUUUCUGAUUCAGACUGGAAGGGGGAUUCAGUAGAAAGGAAAAGUACUACAGGAUAUGUGUUUAAGUUGUAUGGCUGUCCAAUUUCCUGGAGUUCUAGAAAGCAGCCUAAAGUAUCACUUUCAACUUGUGAGGCUGAAUAUGUGGCUGCAGCAUAUGCAGCAUGUCAGGGAGUGUGGCUGAAUGUGUUGUUAAGUGAAAUAUUGGGUGAAGAACAAGAAGCAUUUCAACUUUUGGUUGAUAACAAAUCUGCCAUAAAUCUUGCUCUAAAUCCUGUUUCACAUGGAAGAAGCAAGCACAUUGAGACUAAGUAUCAUUGGCUGAGAGAGAAAGUAAGUGAAGGAAAGCUGGUACUUAUAUAUUGCAGGAGUGAUGAACAGAUAUCAGAUAUAUUGACAAAGCCCUUACCUGUUGACAAAUUCAAAAAGCUUAGAGAGGAGCUUGGAGUCAGAAAUUCAGUUUCUUGAAAAAAAGUUUUGUUCCUUUGUCUUACACUUUGAAUUACGGGAGAGUGUUGUGUAAAUAAUUCAAAGUGUUAGUAAUAUUGUGUGUGCAGGUGUGUGUGAUGUAUUGUGUUCUUAAAGUCUUACUAUAAAUAGUAAGACUGAUAUUAAUGUUGUGUGCGGAUGAAAAAAGAACAGAGUAUGUGAAUAAAAUCGUUUUCCUCUCCAAGAGUUAGUUAGUACAGUUAUAACUUUCUCCCCAUCAGAGCUAUGAUGGGAGUUAUGAGAUGGCUGGCGGAUGUGAAUAUAUGAAAAAUUUUGUAGAAAGCAUCAGCAUAGAGAGGCGGUGCUUGGCUAGGAGAGGUUGGAAGAUUUUUAAGAAAUUAGGAGUGUGUAGUGUUUGCUUAAUUAGUAUGAUGAAGUGGUAGUGCCAUAAUGGGAAAUUGGGGGUGAUGUUUUGGGCAGGGCAUGUUUAGAUAUACUACGCUACACUCCUUCCUUAUCUUUGGGUAGUGAAGUGACGUCACUAUUGCUAAUAUAGUAGUUACGGUUUCAUAUACGAAGUACUUCGUAGUAGUUAUGGAACUAUUUCAAUGUCACACAUGCUUUAAGGAAGACUUCUAACGGGAACAAAUGCAGGAGAAAAAGUUUCAUAUGAAGGAUGUCUUUUACUCCCUCAAACAUGAAGCUACCUUUCAAGUUUCAAAGAAGAUGUGAUGGUCCCUGAUAGAGGCCUUUCCAGUUGAUUCAUUUUAUCCGUUGGUUGAGAUGAAACCAUCUUGAACGUGUUGAAAUACGUCUUCUUGUGCUGGAGCAGAUAUUGUUGAUUUCUUUGUCCUCACUGAUUAGCCGCUGAAAGACCAAUUCAAAAUCAAUCUUCAUGAUUUGGUGUGUGCGUCCCAUACUCUUAGGCCCAUGUACUAUUUAGCAUUAAAUGCUCUUCAGCUUUGUCUUCAAUCAUACACGUAAAGUGUAUAGUGUGUGCCGUGUAUUGCUUUGGGCUUUACUUAUUUGUGACUUCAACAUUUUGUAUCAAAUAAAAUUUGUACUAGUAGGAU